AAUUCGAAUUAAACGAAAAAUUAACCGACGAAUGCGAUGUCAUUUAUCAAUCGGUUAAAGGGUGAGCAACAUGCAUAAUCCGGCGUGCGUUACUAGUACACAUAAUCUGACGGCUGAAACUUGCGUUUUGAAAUUGGUUGAGAUUUCAUUAGAGAAAAAUUCAAAUUGUAUUGCUGUACGUUUCGAUCCUACGAAUCAUAAGCUUCAAGUUGUUGAUAACGGAGCGGGCUUUACUUAUUACGAACUGAAACAUCUUUUCGAACAGAAAGAAAGCUCAUCUGCCAUUCAGACAUUGUUUAAUAAAAUUCAACGUUCAUCGAGUGCAGUCGUCGUUACAUCGCGCAGCAAAGAUUCUCCUCAUACUUACGUCAAAGUCGUAAAUGAAAGCAACAAAGAGAAACUUUUCGAAGGCUAUCAUAGACCGUCCAAAGGAACGACAGUUACAGUCUAUAACUUCAACAGCAGUGGCUGGACUUGCAACGGAAAUGUAAAUUAUUCUCUCUCGUAUGCAAUUGCCGCCGUGGCUUGCGCUGAAUCGCAGGUUUCAUUUUCCGUCAGAAAUGACGCGCAAAAGAAAAUGUUGUUGAGCUUGAAUAAACCCCACAGUCCUUGGGAAGUAUUGACGGUUUUAAAGGGCUACCAAACUUAUGAUACGCCACAUCAAUCGGUGAGUCGGGCAAUGAGUGAUUUGAAAAAUGGUGAAACCGUAAAAAAAAUAAGCGUUCUGAAUGUCGCAAGGAAUAACAUUGCUACUGCUCAUCCCGAGAAUAGCUUGAUCGGCCCUUUUUCCACAUGGUCCGAUUGGUCAUACAAACCUCGACAAGUAGGCAACAAUAUGCUAACCAUUUAUAGUCGUAACAUGCAAUUUCUGUCUAGUCCAAAAGUGAAUCAUCUUAGUAUGAAUGCAAUGAAGCUUAGCCAACUUUCCUUCUGGUCGGAUUGGUCCUACAGCCCAAAAAAUUUGAAGAAAACCUGCCAAUUAAUAGACGACGCUUUUUCCAUAAAAAGCUUCGAUGAUUCAGUAUUCGAAGAAGUUUUGGAUCAACAGUGUAAGAAUAUAGAAUCUGCUUAUUAUGAUCAACUAUGCAAACAACGUCGAUUGAACAAGUGCAGAUUGACUGGAGAAACAGUUAAUACUGUGCAGGUAAUUCGACAAGUAAAUAAAGAAUUCAUACUAGCUACAGCCUAUCAAGACGGAAAAAAACUACUUAUAAUAAUUGAUCAACAUGCCGUUCACGAACGUAUACGUUAUGAAUGGCUCUUGGAGACCUACCGAAAUGAACAAAACUAUAAUUAUUAUCCAAUGAAAUUAAAACAGGACCUAGCUAUAAGUAAAAUUAGUCACGAAUUGCUCCAAAAUAUUGCUGAGCAUAAAUUAAAAUUCAGAAAAUUUGGCGUCAACAUAAAAGCGAUCAUUACUUCUACAGCCACAUGCAUCGUCGAUACCGUUCCUGCGUGUUUUGCUACAAAGAUUAUGAAUAAUUAUAAUCGAUUCAACAUCAACAAAUUGAUACUUAAUGUUCGUGAACUACUGGUCGAGAUCGCAGGCAGACUCGCUACUGCGGAAAAUGCCAUGUUGCCACUUUUACCGAUAGCUAUAAAUAAUGUUAUUGCAAGCGAGGCUUGUCACAAAGCUAUCAAAUUUGGUGAUCCUUUGAAAGUUGAAGAUUGCCAAUUAUUGGUACGCACUUUACAGGACACGAAGGCUCCAACGCGAUGUGCGCAUGGCAGACCGUCGAUGGUUCCUCUUGCCGACUUAACAGAAUUAGAAAAAACUAAAACUCCAAUAGCAGUGAGUAAACUUAUUAAUAUAUCUCAAUAUUAAAUUAUAUAAA